AUGCAUGAUGUUUGCAAUUACGACACAUACUUCGUUCAGAAGUACGAUGUUGUUGGGAUUUUCGGUCUUCUUUCAGAGCAAAAACUUACAGCUGCUUUGUGGAUGCUUGCGUAUGGGGCAUCUAAAAUCUCUACACGAGGGAGUACCUCCGCAAACCUACACCUAGGAACCUCCGAAGGCUUCUAUGAAAAGGCGGGGCUCAAGUGGAAGAAUUUCCCAACUGCUUGGCAAGGAGAUUAUGGGAAUAGGAAGGACAAAAAAAGUAUAAUUCUGGAGGCCGUUGCAUCAUUCGACACUUGGGUUUGGCAUGCCUUUUUGGGACAUGCCGGAUCUCAAAACGACCUCAAUGUUCUUGGUCAAUCCUCGGUAUUCAACGAUGUCUUGAGAGGUUAUUUCCCCCAGACACAGGUUUAUUGGGAGCUAAACCUGAGCCUUUUCCCAUGGAAGAUAUCUAAAGCCCGACAAUAUUGA